AUGGAUCAAGCACAUUCCAGGGCUCUCGAGGCCCUCCAACCAUUCAUCCACCUAACGACAUCAUCGACAGCCUCCUCCCCACGAUUCGUCGCCAACAUAAUCUCGAACGCAACCUCAAACCCAAACACAUUCGUCUUUGCUGAGUUGCUGGAGACUCCAGCCGUGCAGGCUCUGGGUUCAGCGGACACUCCCGAAGAGUUUCGCGGUUAUUUGAAGUUGCUUGAGAUAUUUGCUUGGGGGACAUGGCAGGAGUAUCAAGAAACACCUGGCCUACCAGCUCUUAACGAUGAACAAGCCCUGAAACUCCGCUUACUAUCCCUCCUCACAUUAUCCAGCACCAUCCGCCCCCUCACAUACCAGGCAUUGAUGCAAGCACUCUCAAUCCCCACUGCGGCCAAACUCGAGUCCCUCGUCACAACCGCCAUCUACUCAUCCCUUAUCGUUGCACGACUAUCCCCAGCCACAAACCCUCCGACCGUCAACGUAACGGCCGUCGCACCAUUACGCGAUGUCCGACCUCAGGACGUAUCUACGCUGAUCUCAAUCCUAUCUGAAUGGGAAGGUCGUUGCGGGGAUAUUAUCAACGGCAUUGAAGCCGAGAUUGCAAAGAUUAAGGAUCAGACUAUCCGCAACAACAUCACAGAUCGACAACGCACCGCCGCCCUUGAAAAAGCCCUCGCUGCCGCCGAUGCCGACGGAGAUGACAACGUCGGCGGCUUCCGCGGCGCCGGCAGAAACUCCAAAUAUGGUCUUCGUUCUGGCAGAGCCUCCGGAAACAGACCUGGUAGUUCCUCUACUGCAGCAGCAGGAACGGCCGGUGGCAGUAGCAGCAACAAACGCGAAUACAGCGGCGAUGAUCUGGAGGAUGAGGAUGAUGGGUAUUUCGAUAAUGGAAGUGAUGGUGGUAUGGACGUAUAUGGUGGUUCGCGAAUGGAUAUUGAUGAAGGUGCUGGUGCUAGUGGUGCUGGGAGAGGGACUGGUGCGAGUAGACAGUCAAAGAGAUUGCUUGGUGUUGGGAGAAAGACUUGA